GAUAUGGCGGAAAGGUAUCCAGCAGAACCUGCCGAGUCACCCCAACAUGGGAAGGAUUUGACCACUGUACUGCAAGCCGGGCUUGGGGCAUCGCGAGGUAGACGAUGCGCCCCCGCGUGUCCAUACUGUACAUGAAGUCGUGUCGACGUACCGCGCUCUUAAAUCAUAAAGCUCGUUGCGCAUAAUGCCUGAAUAGGCAGUGUACACACAAACAACGGAAAGGCUUACGGAUUGUUAAACGGCGAAACGGCACAUGGACGCGCCGCUCACCAUCUUGCGCGGCGUAGUGACAUUCAAGCGGCCCUUGAGCAAAAAGCUAAUUUUCUACGACCUGGAGGUUGCUGACCAUGGAGCCGGUCCUGCGGACGAAGCUGCUACUAACCUGUGGGCCGAGCUGCUAGUGAAAGCGGAUGGCGACCUACUAAGCCAGGAGCAGGCUCGGGCCAUUCGAGAUGCCGUCAGGCUGGGUGACAGCGUAGAGGUGACGGGCCGUCACGAGGACCCCUCGCCCUCAGCCCAGGCGGAGACCAGCGGCCAUGCCUCAGCGCUGCUGCAGCAGCACCAGCACCGCACUUUCGUGGUGCAGGCGGUGCGCGUCACAGCACGCUGGAGUGAGGUGCACCCGGGGGCCCAUUUUGUACCGCGGCCGGCGCCUUGGAGCCGCAAGCCACAGCUGCAGCAGCUGGAGCAGCAACCGCCACGGCCAAGGGCCCCGCUGCCCGUGCCAACCGGCCAGGAUGCGCAGUCGAAGCAGGCAGCAAGUCGCGAGCGUGGCGCUCACCUUCGCAGCGAAGCGGAUGAUGCCAACCAAGGGCAGCAGGAGCGCGCCGAGGGGCAGCAGGAGGCAGGGGCCGGGCCGAGCAGUUCUAGUUACCAACGGCUGUGCAAGUACUGGGUGGCAACCGGGCGCUGCCCCAAGGGAGAGGCCUGCCAAUUCACGCACCCUCCAGCCCGCGGGGGCGCUUCCGGCGCCCAGCAGACCUUUGUGCAGAGCAGGCGCGCGGAGAGGCUGGCUGCUGCCGCGGCGCAGGGCUUUGUGCACGAGGCGGGCGACGGCGCCAAGCGACGACGCGCCGCAGUGCUGGCGGAGUGGCUGGUUGCCACCUAUGGCCGCGACUUCCUGAACAGCGGCACUGGCGUGAUGGACGUAGCGGGCGGGCGCGGCGCGCUUACGUUCCACCUGACGCUGCAUUGCGGCGUGCGCUGUACCCUGGUGGAGCCGCGGCGCCCGGCGGCGCUGUCGCGGCAGCAGCAUCGCGACCUGGCGGCUGCGGGCGUGAAGGCGGCGGACUUCCGGCUCGCGCAACUGAGGGUGCGCUUUGGUCCGGAGCUGUGGAGGCGGGGCCAGCAGCACGCACAAGCGUCGCUGGCGGCAUUGGAAAGGGAGGGGCAGCGGCUGCUGCCGGCUUGGGAAGAGGCCGAGGACGCGGAGGACGACGAGCGGGGGCAACAGAGGGAAGGGCAGGCGGGGGCGAGUAUCUCCACGCCGACGGAGGCGCCAGCUGAUGCACCGGAGCUGCGGGAUGAGGCGGAGCAGCUGCUGCGCGGAUGCUCGCUGGUGGUGGGGCUCCACCCCGACCAGGCCACGGACUCCAUCCUGGACUUCGCCCUCGAGUGCGGCAAACCCUUUGCGAUUGUGCCCUGCUGCGUCUUCCCACGGCUCUUCCCGCAUCGCCGGCUGCGCCAGCCGGCUUUGGACGGCGCUGGGGCGGCGGGCUCCGCGGUCGCGCCUGGCCAGUCGGGCCCCGCUGCUGCGGGUUCGCGCCAGAGCUCUGGCACCAGCGCCGUGUCACUGGCCGCCACCCCGCCACCGCUCUCGCAGCUGCACCUCCGGUCAGAUCGUGGAGCGCUGUCUGGGGAGGAGCAGGAGCAGGAGGAGGUGCCUGUGGAGAGCUACACACAGCUGCUGGCCUACCUGCGGCAACGGGCGGAAGACGCAGCAGGGCUGACGCCACGAGCGCGAGGUCGGCGGCGGCAUACAGACCAGCGAACGGAGCAGCGGAUGGAACAGCGGCAUGACGCCAUUGGGUUGGAGGCAGGCGGCAGUGACCUGGAGGAGCCUGACGUGGCAGGCGCGCAAGAGGCGGACGCCGCGGAGGCCGCGGCUGUGGGCAGCACGGCCGGCACGCUGCUGUGGCUGGAGGAGCAGGCGGGGCGCUGGGAGCACUGCGCGCAGGAGGCGGGAGCGCCGGGGGCAUGGGGGCAGUGGCAGGCUGAGGUCCUUGCGAGCGCGGGCCAGGCGGCGGGGGGCACAGGGGACCAGGGGCAGGGGACGGUGGGGCCGGCGGCAGCGGCGCGGUAUGCGUGUGUGUGUGUGGCGAAGCUGCCGUUCACGGGCGCGAACCAGGUUGUGUUCGCGCUGCCGGCUGAGGCAAGCUGAGGAGUGCGGCUGCGCGGGUGAUGUACGUAUCACCAUGGCAGUCAGGGGAUUCCAGCAGGAAUUCGCGUCGAACAAGGCUGCCGAUGCACGCUGUCCAUACAUCAAAUGGCAGAGAGUUGAACGCACGAGUUGAACGCGGGAUGGGAUUACAAGGAUAGAAUCCGGCGUGUGAGUGCCUGAGUGGAGUCUCAGGACAGGACCGCCGAUGGCACAGUAAGGCUUGCAUCGUCGGGGAGCGGCAAGAAACGCCGCGUGUGCCUGGCGGUAGUGCCAUCGCUUCGACUACGUAUAGGUCAACAGCACUCAACGCAUGUAACAUGAGGGGGUU